AUGUUCUUCUCCGCACUGUCCGUAGCGACGCUCGCCGCCGGGGCAAGCGCUCGGCCCAGCCCGAGGGCCACCUCCUCCAACACAGCCACGUUGGAUGGCGCGACCUAUGGGAAUAAGGGCAUAGUCGCUUUUGGCUUUAUUCCCAGCAACGCUACGGAGUCCACGGGGGACACCCUCGGCGGUCUGGGCAGCGCAAUCGCGCUAAAGUCAUUCACCGCCAAGGGCAACACCUCGUACUCAGGUACUCUCGUCGUCCAGCCGGACCGUGGCUACAACAUCGAAACCACCAUUGAUUACCAAGGUCGCCAGCAUGACAUCGACUUCGUGAUGACCCCGUACUACGGUAGCAGCGAUCUUUCGUUCAGCGAUGCUGCAAAGACCCUGGGCCUGACUUACAAGAGCACCUUGCUUUACACCGACCGCGACGGAAGCAAGACGACUGGUCUGGAUGCCGCAGGCGUACGACCAGCCAGCUCGCAGUACCCUGAUGCGAAUGCCCCUACCGCAGACCCUCCGCUUCCGAUUCCCAGUUCGUCGGACAACCACAUCUCUGUCGACUGUGAGGGUCUCGUGCUCAACUCGGACGGUUCUUUUUGGAUGAGCGACGAGUACGGCCCGUACAUCUACAAGUUCUCGGCCACGGGAGCUCUGAUCCAGGCCAUCGCCCCGCCCGAGGCCAUCCUACCGCUCACCAAGAAGGGAGCGCUCGACUUUACUUCUGAGGAUGACCCCAAGACCGGCCGCGCCGCCAACCAAGGUUUUGAGGGCCUCACGGUUUCGGGCGAUGGCAAGACGUUGUAUGCUCUUCUCCAGAGCGGCACCGUCGAGGACGAUGACUCCCAGUACACGCGUCUCGUGGCGUACGACAUCUCGAAUGAAUCCGUCCGCCCCACGCUCACUGGCGAGUGGGUAGUCACUCUCCCGACGAAGAGCAGCAGCGGAAAGGUGUACGGCGGAAGCGAGCUCCACUAUGUAUCCGAGAACAUGUUCCUCGUUUUGGCACGCGACGGCAAGGGUAUGGGCAAUGGCGACUCGGACUCGGAUAUUACCUCGGCGUACAAGCAGGCCGACCUCAUCUCGACCAAGAGCGCCACGAACAUCGCCGGCACCAAGUACGACGAUCCAUCGAACCCCGUCGCUCCGGAUGGCGAUCUGAAGAGCAAGAUCACGCCGGUCGAGUACGUUUCGUUCGUCAACUACAUCGACGACACCCAGCUCGCGCGCUUUGGUCUGCACAACGGCCCGGAGGAAGAUGAGACGCUUAUCGUCGGCAAGUGGGAGUCGCUCGCGCUCGUGUCCUGCCAGGACUCGAACAACCCGGACGAUUACUUCCUCUUCACGGCGGCGGAUAAUGACUUCCAGACUGAGAACGGCAUCGCGGUUGGCGAACCCUACAACGCCGGGAUCAAUGUCGACAACCAGUUCCUCGUAUUCCGCGUCACACUACCUGGCGCAUCGCUUGGCGAUCUCACUGCUGCCCCAUUCCGGCUCCCAGCGAACAACUCGAAGGGGGGCAAAAGCAGCGGGAAAAGUGGCAAGAAUGACAAGACUCGACCAUCUCCUUGGGAGAAGUACGCUUCCCCUCCUAGUAUGCCGUCAACAGACUCGGAAAAGGUCAUCGUCGUACUCGGCGCAGGCGUUAUCGGGCUCACUGCCGCGCUCGCUAUCCAAGAGAAAGGCGGCUAUCGGGUGACCAUCGUCGCGGAUACGCUUCCCACAGACCCCAAGAGCGUAGCAUAUACGAGCCAUUGGGCGGGUGCCCAUCAUGUCAUGAACCUAGGCAACGACUUUCACCACCAGUUGGAGAAAGAGACCCUGGACGUUAUGUGGAAGAUGUCCGAGCCUGGCAGCGGCGCGGAGCAUUGCUUCCUCCGGGCGCCGCAGAAAGAGUUCUACACUGUACCUCAAGCCGACCCGGAUCUACUCUCUGUUUACCCAGACUUCCGCCAGAUGUCCGAAGAAGAGUACGCCAAGGUUCCUGGCGCCACCUCCGGUGUAGCGCUGACAGCGCUCAAUAUCAAUACGCCCGCAUAUAUCCCGUAUCUACUCUCGCGCUUCCUCGCCGCGGGCGGAACCCUGCAUCGAGCAUCUGUCAAUCAUAUCGACCAGAUCCUCGAAGGUGGGCUUGCCCUCCUGACAGGGUCUCGUGUGCGCGGUACACACAUCGACGCUCUCAUCUGCUGUCCUGGUCUGGCUGCCCGUACUCUCGGAGGAUUGGAAGACAAGGAUGUGUUCCCCCAACGUGGGCAGACGGUCAUUGUUCACGCUCCUUGGAUCAGGGAGAGCGGCGGGCGUUCGCUCGUGGGUGAAACCGGCUCACAUACCUAUAUCAUCCCUCGCCGUUCGGGAGAUGUCAUUCUAGGUGGGACGAGAGUACCGGAUGACUGGUAUCCCAAGCCGCGUCCAGAGACCAAGACGGAUAUUCUGCAGCGCACGCUUGCAUUCUACCCAGAGAUCGCACCGCCUGAGAUAAGGGCAAAGCGUGCUUCCACGAUUGAAGACAUGGAGGCCCUCAUCGUUGAGGAAGGAUGCGGAUUCCGGCCCGCUCGUAAGGGAGGUAUCCGUAUGGAAACCGAGUGGCGUGAAGUUCCUGGCUCGCAAGGUCGCAAGGUCCCUGUGAUCUUCAACUAUGGGCACGCUGGGUACGGCUUCCAGACAUCGUGGGGGUCUGCGAACGUUGUGACGAAGCUGCUUGAGGAAGCGAUGGCGCAGGUCUAA